UCGGAGCUGGAAAUUGCGGGUGAUGUAUAAAAGCCGAGCGAGCAGCGCAUAAGUCAUACAGUUCACAGCGAACAACUAAGGAAGCUAUACAUCCAUCCUCCUAGUCCCACUCGACCAGCUCAACCAAGCCCAGAAAUGCGUGGAUUCAUUGUCUUGUGCCUUUCCGCCAUGGCGCUGGCUGCGCCCCAAGGGUACAACUACAAUCCUGGCCCAUCCGGCUUCGGCGGAGUCAGCACCGCCAGUGGCGGGGCCGCCUUCUUCCAGGGCAGCGCGCAGCCCGCUCCCGUGCAGCAGCAGACCUUCUUCCAGCAGCCGGCUGUGCACCACCAGCAGCAGCAGCAGCAGCAGCAGCAGCAGGCUAUCGUGUCCAAGCGCUUCUACAUCCAUUCGGCCCCGGAGGAGGCAGAGGAUUAUAAGGAGCGCCACAUCACCGUCGGCGUGCCCAAGCGCAACUACAACGUUGUGUUCAUCAAGUCGCCGCAGCGGAACAACAAGAAGACCAUCAAGAUCAGCCCAGCCUCCAACGAGGAAAAGACCGUCAUCUAUGUCCUGAGCAAGAAGGGCGAGAGCGACGUCCAGGCCGAAGUCGUUGAGCAGGCCAGCUCCACCAGCAAACCAGAGGUCUUCUUCAUCAAGUACAAGACCCAGGAGGAGGCAGCCCAUGCGCAGCAGCAGAUCCAGGCCCAAUACGACGCUUUGGGAGGCAGCAGCCAGCUGACCGACGAGGGUGUGGCCCCCGUGACCUCUGUCAUUGGCGCCUUGGGCGGAAAUGAUGGACACGCCGAGGCCGGCGGUCUUACCGGCACCGGAGCUGGCCAGAUCAUUUCCUCUGGCUCCACAGGCUCGUCGCACACAGGCAAUGCCUAUCUGCCGCCCAAUUUCUAAGCAGUUGAGCUGAGCAAGGAAUUUCAAAUCAAACCCUAUGCCCUUUCUAAAAAUUGUUGUUAAUAAUAAACUGAAAUCGUUGUUGAAUUUAGCCGCUGACUUUCAAUGGAAAAGAGAACCUGCCUCUUAAAGCCUCAUCACUCAACCGAAUCAAAAUUAUAAUUACUUCAAAAUUGCUUCACUCCAAAAAUGUAUCCAUAGCGAGAUUACCUCGAAUUCGUCUUUGCAAAAAAUACCUUAGUCAUCAUGGCGAUUGAGGUCAUGGAUGGAAGAUAAUAGUGCAUAUCCAAGUGGAACUCCGUUUAUUUCAUUUUAGGGUAUAUUAAAUUUGUGGUUACA